AUGAAUUUCAACCACAGGACGCGCCGCCUGCUCCCCGAUGCCCGGCCGGGAGUCACGCCUUCGCCUCCCCAGACAGACUCCGGCGACCGGAGCCACGACGACGGCCGGGCGGCGAACUUCGACACAAACAUGGUGAUAAUCCUGGCGGCCCUGCUCUGCGCUCUCAUCUGCGCGCUCGGGAUAAACUCCAUCGUCAGGUGCGUCCUCCGUUGUGCCGGCGAAUCGAGCUCCGCCGCUCCCGGCGACCCACCUCUGCGGUUCGGCCAGAGGGGGCUGAGGAAGAGCCUGCUCCGGCAGAUACAUUACCGGUGGAGGUGUACGCCGCCGCCGGCGGCAACGGGGUGGCUGCGACGGCCUUCACCGAGUGCCCAAUAUGCCUGGGCGAGUUUGCCGACGGGGAGAAGAUUAGAGUUCUGCCGGGCUCCCGUCACUGCUUCCACGUCAACUGUGUGGACGUGUGGCUGUCAUCGCACACUUCGUGCCCCACGUGCCGCCAACCGGUGGCGGAGGAACAGGGGGACUCCGGCGGCGGCGGCGGGGCGGAGAGCGGAAGAAGGACAACGGAGGGUUCUGCCCUUUGGGUUGGGUUCGGGGGCGGGGUCCCACCUUUUGUUAGGCCUUCGGCAGUUUCGGGGGUUGGGACUUGGCUAG